AUGGAUAUCCCUUCUGGCUGGAAGCCUGAUCACGGAGAAGUGUUCCAAAAUACGCUGCAAAAUAUCGCGGAAUGCUCAAAAAGGCCGUAUUACGACAAUUUGCGAGGCUUCCGCUUUUCUCCGAAAAGCCUGCCGGCGGGCGUGUUCGUUUGGGUAAAGUACGGACAUGAAAGCGAUUCUUUGAGAGCAGAGGCCAACACGCAGUACUACGUACACGAACAGCUGUCCAAGAUGGAUGAGGGAGCUAGGCAGCGAUUCCGUGUCCCGCGAGUUUUCGACUUCAUCGACACAGAGCUUGACGUCAAACUCCAAAGCUUUGAUGAAUCGCAUUUGCUUCCUUACGGCAUUAUUGUGAUGGAAUACGUCACGGGCACCUCCGUGGCCCAAAUCUCAAGCGAUAUCAGACCAGACCCUCUUAUAGCAGUACGUGCUGUGCUUGAGGAAACGAGGAGGAAAAGCGAACAGGCUGCUUUACUACGGCAUCAUGAAAAUCAAGAGCAGGAACAGGGAAAGUUAGAGUCUGCUGUAGUGUCUUCUGAAGACCAAUCUGCAGACAAGAGCGGCGAACACUCAACCCGAACAGAAGGAUCGGCUGAACCGACUACUUCAGAGACGCACAAUGAGCGCCAGGCUCAUGGACAGGAGACGCCGGGGCUCUCUGCAUCGCCUUCCCAAGAACAGCAUGCAGAGCAGAGUUCCGGCAAAACUGAAUUAUCGGCUGAAGAAAUUGCCGAAAAGGAAGCUCCCUUCAAGAACCGGGUCGCAGAUGCAAUCUCCUUCCUUCUUUCAUUUCCACCCCCCAGCGAUGUCAGCCCUGGGCCUGUCGGGGGCGGCCUUAUCAAGAACUGGGCUUUUGGCAAGGACGAUUCCGAUGCACCGAGAGAGUUUGCAAACUUGGAAGAACUCAACGAGUUCGUAAACAAAAAAAUCGUCGAGGGACGGUCAGAUAUGAUCCAGGCCAACCUUGUCCCUGAGGGUCUGAAAUUGUGUUAUUGCGACCUCAACCUACACAAUUUCAUCAUGGAGGACAGAGAGAACCCAGACAGCAGGAUCAUCAUCAUCGACUUUGAACACGCGAACUUUCUCCCGCAUAGCUUCCUUACUUGGGAGAUGUGGAACAAACGCGAAUUCGACAUGGAGGAACGCGUCAGACUCCAGAGCAACCUGACAUUGAGCAGGGACAAUGUUUAUGCCAUUCACGAACUUUGUCGAGUGGUCACUCGGCAGUGGAACGUCACUGGUUACAAGGACUGA